AUGCACAUAAAGUAUCGAUAUACAAAUUUACUCAACCUCAAGUACAUGUUCGACCUCAAGGCGAAAGGGCUUACUACGCCUGAAAAAUUCGUUGUAUGGUGGAACGAGACUCAUCCAGAUUUUCAAAUCACAUGGGCAUGUGUAGCAAAAGUUUUUCGUCCACGUUUGGAUUAUCGAUAUUAUCAGCAAUCACGUUAUGAAAAUAUAACCUGGCGUAAAGAUAUCAAAAUUGAAGGAAAAAAACAUAAUAUUACGGAAACAUACAAAUAUUCAAAAAAUGGAUUUAGAUUCUCAAGAGCACAAGCCAAACUUGCAACUGAACAGUGUUUACUGGAUCAACAUCCCAACACUUGA